GGCAAUUCCCAGUUGGCCCGCAUGCUCCGCAACUACGCAGUACCAACAUCUUGAGAUGGGAAUCUGGACCAUCGAAAUCAUCGAAAUUAUUGAAACAAACCUCACACUUACCCUCACAACCAUAACCUGGAUGUCUGUUUAACUUUAGUUUUCUUUUUUCACAAAAGCUCCAUGUCGUUUGAUGAUACCCUACAUAUUCACUCAAUUUUCUUAACUUAACUACUUAACUACUUACCUAACUCAUAACUCGUGUCUUUUGUCCUUCCCAUGACGACUCAUGUGGUAGUUGGACUGAUGCGUACCUCAUUCCCUUAAUUAACAAUACUUCCUUCUUCGAAUCAUCUCUGCCUCUGCUUUGCACUCCUUUAUCGUGGCCUCAAAUAGUAAUCACUCGUUUAAAACCCACUUAACCAAACCACUAAUAAUCAAAUGCACCUACCUCACCUUUUCUCCAUAUAGUGAAUUUCAUUAACAAUCUUGACCCAACUUUUUAUACUAUCCCUUUUAAAUAUCAAUGCCGUUGUACAGCCAAGAUGCCCUCCGAAAAGUCUCAGUAUAUACCACCACCACCUAUACCUACCUACGAUGAAGCCACCGGUGGCAACUCCUCAAAUUCCCGACAAGACUGGCCCCCUCCUCAUUCACCCAUAGACACGAGACCCGAUCACGAAACCGAAGCGCAGUCACUCCUUUUCUCACGCUCUAGACAGCCGGACUCUUCCAGGCAUGCGCCCGACGGUUACCGACCCCCGUACGUGGAAUCAGACGACGAAGGGUCGCAAUGGACGCUAGAAGAUGACGAUGAUGACAGCAAUGAUGGAGGACAUGCGCGGGUGCGACGUGAUAUGGAGGAGCUGGAAGUGGAAGACCCCUUAGACGAAUCGAGUUCACGAUCAUCAUCAUCAUCGUGGAGGAAACGAAUUGCCUCCUCGUUACCCCAGUGGAAGUGGAAGUGGCGAUUGCGGCUACCUAGAAUCACUGUUCGACUACCUCGCCAAAGUGACGCGGCAAGCCCCGAUACUGAUGAUUCAAGGGAGAUCAGGAGGAGAUGGAAGUUGCCGAAUUUCAACAGUGCUGCUGCCAUACUGCUCGUUGGCAGACUACUCGCAGUUUUCCUUAUCCUCGGUUUCCUAUACCUACUAUUCAUGAGCGAUCUUUUCACCAAUAUGACGAGGCGCAUUGGUGGCCAAAUGUUCGACCCCGAGGCCGUGCGACAAUACGUACAAGACCACGUCGAUGCAGGUAGAAUGAGGAAAACGCUACGGCACGUUACGAACUAUGCGCAUCUCGCAGGGUCAGAAGGCGACUAUGCGCUGGCGAUGGAUGUACGGAAUGAUUUCAUAAAGUAUGGCUUGGAGGACGUUACGGUGGACGAAUACUUUGUGUACCUGAACUAUCCGAAAGAAGACGGUAGAGCCGUGCAGAUCAUGUCCGAGGAUGGGAAAAAAGCCAAGUGGACGGCGGCACUCGAGGAGAAGGAAAUUGGUGGAGCAACAGCAGGUCACCAGACCUUUGCGUUCCACGGCCUCUCGAAGGCAGGUGACGUGAAGGGGCCGUUGAUUUAUGUUAAUUAUGGAUCGAGAGAGGACUUUAAGAGAAUCGCCAGCAAGGGAAUCGAUACGAAGGGCGCGAUCGCACUUGUGCGCUAUUAUGGCACACAAAGCAAUAGGGGUCUCAAGGUGAAGGCGGCAGAGUUGGCGGGAUUCGCUGGUUGUAUCAUAUACAGCGAUCCGGCAGACGACGGCUUCCUAAGGGGAGAUACGGCACCGAAUGGACGAUUCAUGCCCGCAGAUGGUGUACAAAGAGGAUCUGUUGGCUUAAUGAACUGGGUUGUUGGUGACGUACUGACGCCUGGCUGGGAAAGCAAAGAAGGUCAACCUCGGAUGACGAAAGAACAAACCUCAGGCUUGGUCAAGAUCCCAAGUAUACCAGUCUCCUGGCGGGAUGCCCAAGUGCUUCUCCAACAUAUUCAAGGGUUUGGUGAGCCUUGCCCUUCGGAUUGGCACGGUGGUGUGCCUGACGUGGAGUGGUGGUCGGGUAACUCCUCAUCGCCCAUCGUACGACUGAAGAAUGAACAAGAUGAAAAUGAACGCCAGGAAAUCUGGAAUGUUUACGGAAAGAUUAUCGGCAUCGAACAGAGUGAAAAAUCCAUCAUCAUCGGCAACCACCGGGAUUCCUGGUCUUUUGGCGCAAGUGAUCCCGGUGUGGGGACAGCCAUUAUGUUGGAAGUCUCGCGCAUUUUUGGUGACCUGGUAUCCAGGGGCUGGCGACCACUCCGCACCAUCGAAUUCAUGAGUUGGGAUGCCGAAGAGUAUAACGCAAUUGGCAGCACCGAAUUCGUUGAAAACAACCUGGAGGUCUUACAGAAGAAUGCUUUUGCAUACAUUAAUCUUGAUGUCCCUGUGUCCGGUCAGGAAUUCCACGCUGCCGCAUCCCCGAUGUUCCGUAAAGUCCUCUACAAGGUACUUGAUAGAGUCAUCGACCCCAAUUUCAACACUUCGUUGCGAAUGCUAUGGGAAGACCGCAAAGCAGAGCUUGAAGGAUUGGGUGGUGGCAGCGAUUACGUCGGCUUCCUAGACAUGGCUGGCACCAGCUCCAUUGAUAUUCGCUUUGAUGGGGCAGCGCAUCCUUAUCAUUCUGCAUAUGAUAACUUCGAUUGGAUGUAUCAUGUUGGAGACCCUGGCUUCGUUUAUCACACCCUCCUCGGCCAAGUUCUUGCUCUUCUCAUUCUAGAGCUAGCUGAUCGACCUGUUUUGCCUUUUGACAUGGGCAACUAUGCGCUGUCCCUUGGCCGCUAUCUAGGAAACCUAUGGCAACUGGGCCAAGAUAAAGGUGUCAAUGAUCGGUAUAACCUCGACCCCAUCAAGGAUGCCAUCAAUGAAGCCGAGAAGUCAAUCUUGGAGUUUGAAAAAUGGGAGAUUAGCUGGGAGCAAACUGUCGUGUCCUCAGGCGGUUGGGAACCUGUCGGUUUAGGCCAAAAGAGGUGUGACUAUAACAAUCGCAUGGCGAAUUUCGAAACCGGGUUAUUAGACCUGGAGUUCGGUGGUGGAAUACCCAACCGAACACAAUUUAAACAUGUCGUCUUUGGCCCUCAGCUAUGGUCUAGCUCAAAUGAGGCCAAUUUUCCAGGUAUCCGGGAUGCCAUCGAUGCAGAAGACUGGCCCUUGACCCAAAAGCUUAUCGACAAAACCGCUGAUAUCAUAAAGAAAGCCGCCCAUGGGUUGCUGCAAUAAUGGAGUGCUCAGGGGCAGCGUCUGAGCUUUUAAAGAAGUUUUGCGGAUUACAUAUGAAUGCAUUGCUCGGCGUCAUCGGAUUUCAGGGACCAUGUUGUUGUAUUAUACCUAUAGAUGGUUGAUGGUUGACUCCUGUACCCUUUCACUCUAUAGUAUUUCAGGGUAUCAUCACGUAGCUUAGGUACCUAGGGUCAGGCACUCGGACAUAAGGAAUGAAAGAGAUCUUGUUCAAGUAUGAGUUUAUUUAUUUGUAAAGUGCUGUAUGAAGACUUAUAUUGCUCAUUUUCUAGAAUUUAUGGCACAUAGAAGAAGUUCCCGAGGCAGGCCGUCUAUUCAAUCCUU